GAAGGGGCAGUAGGAGAAGGGUGAAGAAUCAGCAGAUGCAAUUGAAAGAAGGAGAGGGAAAGAAUGAAGCUAGACUGAGCGAGCGAGCGAGCUGCCUCCCUCUACAAUUCCUAAUGAGUUGCAGUUUUUCGCCAUCGCAGCAAUGAUGAAGUCAAUCCGUUCUCACACUUCUCUUCGUGAGAAAAUCAACACUUUAUCUCUUCCUCGCUUAACCUUAGCAGUGACGCAACUUCAGGACCACCAUCGCUCGCUGUCUCCUCCUUCUUCGCCAUCUUCGUCGACAAGCCUCGGCUCCUUAAACCCCCCCUCAAAUGAAGAAAUCGUUAUUUCACUGGUGAAAUCGAGUACCCAACGUUGCCAUCUUCUCCAAAUCCAUGCCUACCUCCUGCGCACUUGUCUCCUUCGUAACCACCUGGUUUGUUCGGCUUUCUUGUCCCGCCUCUCGCUCCCGCCGUUUCAGGAUUUGGGUUAUGCCCGGAGAGUGUUCGAUACAUUGCCAAGACGCAAUUUGUCAUCUUACAACACUAUGAUCAGGGCUUAUGCAAUGGGAAAUUUAGCGAAACAAGGUUUGGAGCUGUAUCGAGAAAUGCUUUCUUUGGGUAUUUGUCCUGUCUCUUCGUCAUUGUCGUUUGUAAUUAAAUGUAUUGUAAAGAUUGGGUGCUUGUUUAGAGGGAUGCAGGUUCACGCUCAGGCUCUGAGAGAUGGGCAUCAAUCUGAUAGUUUAUUGCUCACUGGGUUGAUGGACUUUUACUCGUCUUGUAAGAAGUAUGGUGACGCCUGCAAAGUGUUUGAUGAAAUUCCUGUGAAAGACACUGUUGCUUGGAACACAUUGAUUACUUGCUACAUGAAAAAUCACCACCGUCGUGAUGCCUUGGGUGUGUUUGAUAUGAUGCAGAGUUCUAAUGGUUGCCAGCCAGAUGAUGUUACUUGUCUGCUGGUACUUCAGGCUUGUGCACAGCUAAACACAUUGGAGUUUGGGGAAAGAGUUCAUCGAUAUAUCGUAGAACAUGCCUAUGGGGAUGCAAUGAAUGUUUCUAAUAUGCUUAUAACAAUGUAUUCGCGUUGUGGAUGUGUUGAGAAGGCGUAUGAGGUGUUUAGAAACAUGCCUAGGAAAGAUGUUGUGUCUUGGAGUGCCAUGGUUUCGGGUUUGGCAAGUAAUGGCUAUGGUAGAGAUGCUAUUGAGGCUUUUAAACAGAUGCAGAGAGCAGGCGUGGCGCCAGAUGAUCAGACUUUCACGGGGGUUCUCUCUGCUUGCAGUCACUCCGGCCUUUUGGACGAGGGGCGCAUGUUGUUUGAUAGAAUGAGCAGGGAAUUUAGGAUUUUGCCUAAUGUUCAUCACUAUGGGUGUAUGGUUGAUCUCAUGGGCCGUGCCGGUCUACUUGAAGAGGCGUAUGAGUUUGUAGAAUCGAUGAGAGUCAAGCCGGAUGCAACAAUAUGGAGGACACUUCUGGGAGCUUGUAGAAUUCAUCGCAACCCUGCCCUUGGUGAACGAGUCGUUGAACAUCUGAUUGAGCUCAAGGCACAAGAAGCCGGAGAUUAUGUGCUAUUAUUGAAUAUGUAUUCUUCAGUGGCUGAUUGGGAGAAGGUAGUGAACUUGAGGAAGUUGAUGAAAGAGAAUGGAAUCCAUACAACCCCGGCUUGCAGUACCAUUGAAAUGAAAGGCGAAAUACAUGAAUUCAUUGCAGAUGAUGUUUCACAUCCUAGGAUGACUGAGAUUUAUGAAAUGCUGGACGAGAUUAAUAGGCAACUGAAAAUUGCAGGAUAUGUCGCUGAAAUAACAUCAGAGCUGCACAACACGGAGGUGGAAGAAAAGAGGUUUACAUUGUCUUAUCACAGCGAGAAGUUGGCAAUAGCUUUUGGUGUUCUCUCAACUCCACCCGGCACAACAAUUAGAGUUGCUAAAGACCUCCGGAUUUGCGUUGACUGCCACAACUUUGCAAAGAUUUUGUCCGGGGUCUACAACAGGGCAGUAGUUAUUAGAGAUCGCACCCGCUUUCACCAUUUUAGAGGAGGACGCUGCUCUUGCAAUGACUAUUGGUAAUCUGAAAUAGUUCAACACAUGAUUGCACACAUAGGAUGCACAGAAACUCAGAAUGAGCAUAUGGAACAACAAAGUUUUAAGAUUUUCCCUUCUGGAAAGUUACGGGCAAUGCCAUCAAAUUGUUGUGGCAGCCAGAAGAAGGUAUGCAUUCUAACUGAUUUAGCUUUCAAGAUUUUACAUUGUCUCUUGACUAUUGGUAGAUGAAGAGGAUAACUUAAACAAUUUUCAACUAUCAUGGAAAUCAAUAAUAUAGAGGAUAUUUUUACAAAAAGAAGAAAAAGAAUAAAAAUAGAAUAAGGAAAUCUGAUUGGUUAGGAUCUCUUGCAUAGUGAAGUAGAGAUGGAAGUUGAUGAUGUAGUUUGUCACUGGAUUAGAGGACUGGAAACUGCAUUCUGUAAUGGAAGAUACUCUGAUGGAGAAUUGAACUUGUUGGAGUAAUGGUUCAGCUAUUAGGUAUUACCAUGGUGUUUGUGUAUGGUGUUUGCUUCUUGGUGUCCUACGGUGAGUGUAACCCAAUUCUAAGAUUAUAAUUCAAUUAUAAUUUCUAAUUUUUAUACACUUAGCCUAGGAUUUUAGGUAUCUCUUUCUCAAUUAUCGCCUACGACUUUCCACCUUUUUAUUGUUCAAGUCAGAUUUGUUCUUCUUCACAACGUCACAAUCACAAGUUCAACAUUGCUUUGAAGAUAGAAUGAAAAUUUAUAAUUUAAAUUUGUAUGAAUUUUAAAUUUUAAA